CCCCGGGGCGGUGCUGCUGUUGCUGCCGCUGCCGCCGCCCGCCCGCUCGCCUCGUCCCGGCCUGGAGAAGCACCUGUGGUGCCCGCCGGCCCCACCGCCUCCGCCAGGCUUGACCCGAGGACGGUUUCAUCCCACAAGAAUCAGCUAUCAAGAUCUGAACAGGCUUCUUCCUGAGGGGAAUCAUGUCUGAAAUUGACUAUGAGAAGUUAGCCGAAAUAGAACUGCAGAAAGAUGAAGCAGAAGAUACACAGUCGGGACAAGAUAAAACAUUUACACCUCUACCACUUGAGGAUCCUGAGCUAGAUAUCAAUCAUCCCUACUAUGAUGUUGCAAGACAUGGCAUCAUCCAGUUAGCAGGUGAUGACAAUUCUGGAAGGAAGGUGAUUACCUUCAGUUGCUGCCGUAUGCCCCCCUCCUACCAGCUCAAUCACACCAGAUUGCUGGAGUACUUGAAGUAUACUCUGGACCAGUAUGUAGAGAAUGAUUAUACUGUUGUCUACUUUCACUAUGGCCUGAAGAGUCUGAAUAAACCAUCACUGAAAUGGUUACAAACUGCCUACAAAGAAUUUGACAGGAAGUAUAAGAAAAACCUUAAAGCACUCUAUGUUGUACAUCCAACCAACUUCAUCAAAAUUCUGUGGAAUAUUUUUAAACCACUUAUAAGCCAUAAAUUUGGGAAAAAAGUCACCUACUUGAACUAUUUAAGUGACCUGAGAGAACAUCUCAAAUAUGACCAGCUUAAUAUUCCUCAAGAAGUCAUCCGACAUGAUGAAAAUCUUCGGGGGAAACACAAAGGAAAACUGCCACCUGUGGUUAAGGUUCCUCCACCAAGACCACCUCUACCUACUCAGCAAUUUGGAGUCAGCCUGCAAUACAUCAAGGACAAAAACAGUGGAGAACUAAUUCCCCCAGUAAUGAAGGAAACUGUGUCUUACCUGAAAAGAAAAGGUCUACAAGUAGAGGGGCUCUUCAGAAGGUCAGCCAGCAUCCAGACUAUCAAAGAUGUUCAGAAGCUCUACAAUCAGGGCAAGCCUGUAAAUUUUGAUGACUACCAUGAUAUUCAUAUUCCUGCUGUUAUCCUAAAGACUUUCCUUAGGGAACUUCCUCAGCCAUUGCUAACCUUUGAGUGCUAUGAUUCUAUUGUUGGAAUUACCAGUGUGGAGAGCUGCUUACGAGUAACCCGAUGUAAACAAAUCAUUCAAGGACUUCCUGAACACAAUUACAUUGUUCUGAAAUAUCUGAUAUGCUUUCUCCAUAUGGUUUCACAGGAGAGCAUAUAUAACAGAAUGACAGCAUCCAGCCUGGCCUGUGUCUUUGGCUUGAAUUUGAUCUGGCCAUCUAAAGGAACAGCCUCUCUGAGUGCUCUGGUGCCUCUGAAUCUCUUCACUGAACUACUAAUAGAUUUCUACAUGAAUAUAUUCAACUCCCGAACAGUGCCUGGUGAGAUUUUACCUUAAUGCUUCCAGAAAGGGAAAUGAAGUUUGGCUGUCUGAAGGAAAGGUCUGAGCAUCUCAACUGCCAGAGCAGUUCCUGCAAAAGACAUUUUCAAUCUUAUUCCUUUCCAAGUACCAAAGAUGGUGAGGGAAGUACUCUGUUGCAUAUAUUCUUCUCUCAUAAGAGAACAUGUACAGGUUAAAUAUGGUAGGUUAAAGUGAAACCUCUCAUUAAACUUCAGCAGUUCUGAUACAUUAAAAAAAACACGACACAAUUGUGGCAAUAGGUGAUGCUGUUAUUUGUUUAAGGAUCUGAACACCUCACUAUAUCACGUUAUUUACUGGGACCAUGCAAAACUAUGUUCUGGACCACUCCCAACUGUACAGUUUUUAUUAUUAAUAUUGUUACUUGAAUACAAGUUUGUUAGAGAUUUCUGUAAUAAGUUAAUAAAGAUGGAAUUGAUUUUUAAGAUAACAACAUUUCUAGAACUAUUUUUCCCUAUAUUUAAGUGUCUUGUUUUAUGCAUGAGAGUAUUCCCGAUGUUUAGGUUGCAUGCUUUUGCAGUUUAAGUUAAUAGAAAUUUGUUCUUCAAAUUGAUUUCUCUGCAGAGCAAUAACAACAGCAACUUGGCUAACAUAUGUAAUGCCAUUUGAACGCCUUUAAAGUCUACUCAGUCUCAAUGUGAAUAAUUAGAUGACAAAAAGGCUGCGUUUCCUUUCUAACUGUGCUAUUAAUAUUUCUUGUAUUUGAUGAACUCUAAAGCACAACUCUUCCAUCAUUUAAUGCUGAUUUGUAGUGGGUUGGUGUAAUGAAGUUAUCAUCUUAUUUUUCUGCAAAGCAAAAGCAAAUUGACCAAUGGUAUGAGAAAGGUAAGCAGUAUUUUCCCUAAGGUUCAGAUCUUCCUGCUUCUGUACAGAACCACAGAAAUAGGGGGACUUCAAUAAAGCUAAUCAUCUCUGGAGAACAAUUUAGCCACCCCCUUCUCUGCAAGCACAAAGCCUGUUUUUAUCCUGAAAGUUCUAGUUGCUAGUUGAGGGUUUGGCCAUCUUUUCAACGGUUAAGGGGUUCCUCCAUAUGUAACAAAUGCAACCAGACCUUAUUUUGCUGCAUGAAGAUUAUUUGUUCUUCUCAGGAAUUUGGGGAAAUAACCAAACACUCAGAAGGCUGUGGCCUGCUGGAUCUGCCAGGCCUUCUUUUGCCCAGUAGAUGUCAUCUAUUAGCAUUAAACAGUUACUAAAACUGGAAAAGUUCUGAGGCUUUAAGGCAAGUCAUAUCAUUAGGGCCAAAUCUCACAUUAUAGUUGUGUAUUUUCCCCACAUCCUCAAGUUCUCUUAAAGGCAGUUUUUUGGGUUUUGAAUAUCUGUGGGUAAUAACCGCACAUGAUGACUCUAUUGAAAUCUAAAACACUGUGUAAUACAAGAAUAAUUAACAUGUAUUCACGUCUGUUGCAUUUCAGUCAAGGGAUAUUGCAGAGGACAGAACUGUCUUGAGUUUUGUAUCUCAGCUAAUCUCGGUUUUAUACCUGAGUUAUCAGUGAUGGCAUCAUAGCUUGUAUUAUGGAAAACAGAUACAGUUCUGCUUGGUGCUGUGCAGUGGCUUGGCAGCGCUGCUCUGUGAACAAGCAGUGUGUUCUUACUGAGGAGGAAUUCUGUCUUGAGCCAUUGGCUGAGGUCAAAAAUCAUCAAAACUUGAGCAUUUUGCCUCUCUCUGUCCUUGGUAAAAAUACAUAUGUGCAACACAUAGUUUUGUGUCUGUAAAAGGAGGCAAAACUUGGCAUUAGAAAACUACUUAGGGAUGAAAUGCUGAUAAGCACUAUAAAAUGAUUAUUAUUUUCCACUUCCCAUGUUCUAUUCCAAAAUUCCAGCAAUAUCAAAUGUCAUUUUGAAUGUAGUAGUCUUUGUGUUGUGCUGCAAUAUGUGAAUGUGUGCACUGGAUUUAUAGUUCCUCUCAUUUACCAAACCAGUAGCAAAAUGGUGAUUUCUCCUUUUUAAGGUUGCUUCUUUCUUUAAAGAACAGAUAACAUGAGUUAUCGCUUGGUGUAGAUAAUUUGAUGCUGCUCAGGAAAAAUAGAGGCCAUAGUUCUGGUUGCCUCUAGCACUGGUGAAGCAAAGUAGAGCCAGGUGACUGGGUGUUCCCACUCCCCAUCACCUUCUUGCUUCCCUGGAAGGCAGCAGUGAGAAGCAGCGAGUAUGGCAGUGGCUUCCACCCUAACCUUUUCCUGCCAGCUUGUCCAUCACAGAGGAGGAACUUUUCCAAAUCAAGUACCAAAUCCUCCCGAUGGGGCCCCAACUCCAUCACUCCAAGCCUAAAGGAAAUGGCAAUAUCCUACAUCUGCUGCAGAAGCCCCCCAUCUCCGCCCUGAGAGCCAGAUGUAACUACAACAUUAAAUCAGCUCUCAUGAAUUAUUCAGCAGGGUUUGGAGUGAAUUUCAUGUUAGAGAAAUGUAUGUUUCAAAUUUCCUGACUCUAAGAGGAGUCCUGGAGGUGUCCCCCGCAGUUACUUUGAUAACAGUUUCUCUUUACAAAUGAUAAUUGCACGAUUCGAGGUUUUGUACUGUAUGGCCUUGUGAACUCUUCUCUCAUAUCAAAGAACAAUUUUCAGAUCAUUUCCAUAGCAAAAAGGAAGUGAUUAUGGAGAUAAUCUGUUGGAAACACACAUGCUGGAUUUCAGCUUAAAACAAUAAAAUGCAGUCAUGGAAUGAGAAAUCGAGUGUUACCUAGCUGACAAUAUACAGAGAAUAAAUUGCCUAAGCAUUUUAGUUUACUGAGCUGUUAGGAGCUGAAAAUUGGUCCCAAGAUUAGUCUGAUUAUCACGGUGCCUCUAGCAAUGAGCACUGAAGGGGGAAGGAUGUACUUUUCUAACCUGAAUCUAUAAAGAAGUGUAGCAAGAUUGAACAAUAUGUCAUUAACCAAAGGUGUCCUUACGGAUCUUACAAAAAACUUUGGUACGUAAAUAUCGUAAAAAUCACUCUGUGAGCAUCAGAGAUCCUCUCAGAGCCUUGCAGCUUGGAACUUACUCAUCCAGUCAUUAUGAUAUUGAUAAUCGACAGGCCCAGUAUUUUGUUGAUGUCAAAUCUUUGCUUAAUUAAGGAAUCCAGUUGAACUUAUAGUGGGAUUGAAAGUGUAAUCAUCCCCCUUUAUUGCCUGAAUAGUUUGUCUUCAUUAUUGUGGCAGGUGUGGCACUUUUCAAAUGACAACAGGGCUGCUGGAGGGAGGAAUCAAAGUUACCUGUGAUUUCUUAAAUCAGAAGCUCAUGUUUAGUGGAAGAUCUAUAGGAACCUCACAUUCCUGUCCUUACUCUAUUCAUUUCCAAAUAUUUUUACCUACAAAACAGAAGUUAGAAACCAAUGCAUCUGCCUCUAUGUAGGCACAUCUCCAUUGAAGAUGUGACUGUGAGAUGUGUCCAAUUACACAUGUGGCUGGCAUACGAAAAUUGGCAUUUUGCCUUUCCCACUGGAGUAAUACUCACUGUCACCAUCAGAGUGGUUUGAUUUCUGUCUUUAUCUGUGCACAUGCAGGAAAACUGCUUCAGUUUAUUGCACCUAAUUUAUCAAAGAAUUCCAAUGUCUUUCAGCAUCAUCUAAGAACAGUAGGGGAUCAAAAAGUGUGGGGUGCAACAAAUGUUUCCUUCUUGCUCUCAAACUGGAAAGCCUGUGAAAGCACUCCAUUAACCAAGGAGAUUUCUUUUGUCUUUGGUGGCUUCAGCAGUUAAUUGUCCUGGAGAUGAAGAACCAAACUUCCAAAUAGAGCCAGAAAAUAUAACCUUUUCCAUAAUGGUCCUGUUGGCAUUUCCCAGAACUGUCACAUUGUGGAAAUAGCUGUGGUUGACCUCUCAGAGGUGGAGAUGCACAAACCCAUGGUGGAAAUGGCAUGUUAGUUCUCCUACCUCCUGCUACUAACUCAGAUCUGUUGUCUUUAGCAUUGUGAAAGCCACGGUAACUGCACACAGAAAGAUGGUAGCCCUGCUACCUACAGAAAGGCAGUUUUUCUUCCAGUUCUUAUUUUUUGUGCCUUGCUACUUUCCAUCACCGUCUCUUUUGGGAUGGCAUCACUUGGCUGCACGCAGUGUUGCAGUCGCUGUUCAGAAACAAGGAGGGAUGUCUCUGGAGCCAGUAGAGAUGGCACACACAGUUGAGUGAGCAUUAAAGCUAAGUACUUUUGUGGUCCAGAUUUCUCUGCGGUGUAAUUAUCCUAUGGAAACUGCCUUAAUGACUGUUGGUCUGCCUGCUCAGAGCAUGAGUCAUAGGGUGAGGAUUUAUACCUACAGUUUAGAGCACCUAGGUCUGCUACCUGACCUAAAUGCUUAGGUGGCAAAGCUGCUUUCUCUGCCAAAGGGAAUUGUACCCCUCAGAAACAGAGCCCAUGUGCCAGCCAGUUCAUUUUCUUCUGCUUCAAGCCUCAGACUGACUUAUUUUGAACUACUGUUAGCCCAGACACUAUCAACCUUCUCAAACCUAAUUAGAAAUCAGGAUUUCUGGCUGUUUGGUUUUUCUUUCUGUUACAUGGAUUGGGUUCUCCAACAAUGACUUUUUCACCUCCCUGUUUAAUCACGCAGGAAAGCACUUUACAGCCUGUAACUCUUUUGCCAUGAAAAUUAUCCACUUAAUUAAUGAGACAAUAAAAAGCAAUUGUAAAACACAA